AGUCUGCACUCCGCAGUCAGUUGAUGUUUGAGAACUUGAUACAAAGUGUCGUGUGUAUUGUAGUUGUAGAAAUUAUGAAAACAGAACUUUUAUGUUGUUUUUAAAUUGUACAAAUAAUUAUCCGAACAUUUUACAAAUAUAUUACUUCUUAUAUCCUCCAUUUUACCAAAUUCAUGAUAUUGUUUGGUAAAUUAUCCAAAUAUAAGAUAUUGUUCCUGCGAAUGAUUGUGCUGUGACUUCAUAACUUGUUCUGUAUCAAAACAUUUGAUUUUAGGCAGUGUAUCUAUAAUUUAAGACGGUUAUUGCGUGUACCGAUGAACAAUUCAUAGACAUUUCUGGUUUACGAGUUAGAAAAGUGAAAUUAUUCAAGUAGUUUGUAGAUAUUCAGAGGCAAUAUGAAAAAUGUGCUCAAAGAGUUCAGGACGAACUGUAACUGUUUUUUAUUAGUGUUAUCGCAGUUGCGGUGUAGUACUUGAGAACUGGGGUGAACUAUACUGAAAGACAAUGGGAUUAUGGUGUUGUACUUGAAAACUGUGUGGCUGGGUUGUUGAGUGAGAAUGAGGGAGCAAAGGUGAAGAGGCAAGGAAUCACCGUGGAGCACCUGGUUGGAGGCGGCGGCGCGGGCGGCUUGCUGCCCGGCGCCUCGCCUGCCCAACAUCCGCCUAAUAUGCUGCAGCCCAUGGAAGAAAUGAACCUUCCUCCUAAACGACAAGCUGUUGUUGACCGACUAAGGCGAAGGAUAGAAACAUACCGAAGACGGCAGUCUGAAUGCGUGCCGAGAUUCGAUCAAUCGUUCACUGGGGCUUGCGAGCAACAGAACUUAGAGACGAGCGCCCUUCAGAAGCGGUUUCUAGAAGGCAAAGCCAAGCGGCAGGCGAAGAAGACUGAUCGCAAGCCUGACCUUCCAUCAAUCAGCAGCAAUCUGCACAGCAGCGUGCAUGUGAGCUGUCAACAAAAGUUUGGGUGUGGCGACUACGAGCCCCCAGCAAAACUACAGUGCGUAGGUGGCGGCGGCACAGGAGGAGGUUCGGGUGAAGGACUAACGAAGUUCUCCGUUGAAAUAGUGCAGCAACUGGAGUUCACCACGUCCGCCGCAGAUUCGCAACCGCAACAGAUCUCAACGAACGUGACGGUGAAAGCUCUCGCCAACGCGGUGAAAACAUCCGGCUCCCCGCCGCCGUCACAGCCCCCGCGCGUGCCCUCUCCGCUGGACUGCGAGCGAGAAUGCAAAGCCGAAUGCAAAUCCGAAGUGGCUGAUGACGAGUUUGUUGGUCUGGAUGAGUGCGCGGCGGCCCUCGAGCGCGACGCGGCCUCUGCCUUCCCUGGCCUCGCCGACCUCAUCGGCGAGGACGAUGGGGACGACGCGUUCGAGUACCUCAUCACUGAGAUAUCCGAGUAUCCCGAGCUAAUGAAGGAUUUCGAUCUCGAUGGUGGAAAACUUAACGGGGGUGGAGGUAUGGGAGGUCUUGAGCCGCCCGAGGGAGAGCCGGCGCCGCGGCCCUACGGCGGCGGAGAAAUGUCUCCCGCGGCGCAGACGUUGAAGCACAUGGCGGAACAGCACCAACAAGCCACGGGUGGAGACUGGGCGCGCUACCGAGGCUACGGUGGGUACCGGCCGAGACCGACGCAGCCACCGCUAGAACAUCUGCACAUGUCACAACAGCAGCAGCUACAUCUGUCACAGCCUCAUCAUAACUUACAAGUGUCUGCAGCGCAACACAUGCAGGUGAGCGGCAGCGGCGGCGGCCACGUGUCCGCCGCCGCGCAGCAGGGCAUGUACGCCACCUUCCAGCACCAGGGCACACCCUCGCCGCAGCACCAUCAAGGGAGCGGAUGCGAUUCGUACUCGGUGUCACAGUCGCAGAGUAUGAACUUUUCGCCGUCAAUGCGGGUGAGACCCACCGGACAAACGCAGCAGAACGCUCCUGGCCCUGGUCAGCAGACACUCGGUAUAACAGGAGCUGGCAUAACACGCGAGCAGCAAGCAAAGAUAAUCCAGCAACAGCAGCAGCAAAUGCUUCGGGCUCAGCAGCAACAGCAACAACAGCAACAGCAGCAACAGCAACAACAGCAACAACAGCAACAGCAGCAACAGCAGAUGCGGCCUCCCCCGCCGGAGUACAAGGCGCGGUUCGCGAGCGCCGCGCCGGGCCCACGCCGACCUACUGCGCCGCAACCGCGUGCCUUCCCGCCGCACGCGCGGCAAUACGCACCCGACUGGCGGCAUGUGCUCAUACAGCAGCAAUCAGCGCGUCAGCAGUUCCCGCACCAUCAUCAAGGUUUCAAUAUGGGCGGGAUGGGCGGUAUGGGCAACGUGGGCGGCGUUAGCGGCGGCAUGACGCAACAACAGCAACUUCAGCUGCAGCAGGCGCGAUUGCAGCAACAGCAACUCAUGCAGCAUCAGCAGCAAAGGGCGUCGAAUCAACAGUCAUCAAUGUCGCAUCUGAUUAUGCAACAAAACCAGAUGAUGAGCGUGCAAGGACAGAUGCCGAAUAUCCACAUGAGUCAGUCCCAGAGUAUGAGCUUGCAGCAGUCCGGCAUGGGCGGUUUGGGGCCCAUGCAGUCCAUGCCGAGUCAACAGCCGAUGCAUGCGCAAAGCAACAGCAUGCAGGCCCAGAACAUGCUCGGAAACGGGCCCAUGCAAACACAGAACGGGAACAGCCAUCCCUUCUCACUCCACUCCGCGUCUUCCUUCACGGGGCAAACUGCAGACUUCAACCUGGACUUCCUCGACAACAUGCCUUCCAGCGACGCCAGCAACCUCACUGCGCAGGAGUUGCUCAACUCGCUUGAUAACUCAUUCUUGAACGACAUACUAUAAAUACUGAGCUGUUUAUAAUGAAGUUUUUUUUCAAUGGGAAAGGAUAUAUUUGACCGUUAUUGGACCAAGACUUCACGCUGCGGCGUAAAAAGUAAAAAAAGAUCUUUCCGGGGCUGGCCGUAAAUGUCACGCGUUUUAAAGUAUUUUUGCGCUUUUGACACUAAAAUAGUAAUAUUGAACCCUAUGACACUGAAAUAGCCAUAUUUUAGGUUUCAAUAAGUGUUUUUAAAGUACACGUGAUCAAAGAUGGCUCAUUAUAUAGGAAUUCCAUAGAAGUUUGAGGUGAAAUUUUCACGUGGCACAUACAUGAACGUUUCAAAAGCUGUCUUCCGCCCGGACGAGUAAGUCGGCGCUAACUGUGUUUUAGUUUCAUCUAAAUAAAAGGAAAUUGGCAGCCUCGGAUAGCCGCGCCAUAUCAUUGUAUCAUUAUUGUUCGUAUAGCAUAUAAAGUAGCUCGCGACCAACGUGUAACAAAUUGUGACCAAAGUUUUCCAUCAGAAAUACGCCGUGGCCCCGCCACUGGCGAAUCUUCCGAUAAAUAUAAACAUUUUCUAAUGCAUUGUUUUAUAUGGACUAUAUUAAUAAUUAUUCUAAAGAAUUCCAUUUCGUAAUGUUUAUAGGUUUUUAUUAUUGUUCAUGCAUAGUUCAUUUGUAAAAAAAAAAUAUUGUAUAGUAAGGUUGUUUAUAGAGUAUUAAUGUAGGGCAGUAGUGGAAAGCUCCCAGAUAACUUAAUUUAUCCUUACGAGGUGGUAAUUACGUAUCUCAUUAUUUGCGGAGUUGCUUUUAUAUACUAUGUAUAUUUAUUACAGAUAUUGUUAUUAAUAUAAGUAAAAUAGCACAAAAGACAUUUCAACGAUUUUAUUUACAAGUUUAUAAAUUUAUUUAUCAAAUGCAGAGAUAAUUGGGGCAAUACAUUUUAUAGCGUAUAUUCUUAUAAUCGAGUCUGUACUUUACCAUGUGACAUUACAAUGUAGUAAUUUAUUCGUUUCCUCUGGACCUCCAUUACAAUCUCGCUGAUAAUCCUUUUCUUUUUGAAAAUAUAAAACUUUUCCUGUGAUUGGAAGUUGAAAAGCUCUUUAUAUCUUAUGGCAUUAAAUCUCAGAGCCUUGAGUCUGUGGCAUUGAAAUUUUAACUUUUAAAUUCAUUCUAUAACGUAAAUUUUGAAACAGUUUGUUAGUAUUAGAAUGUCUUAUAUAAUCUAUUUACCCGUGGCGCUAAUAUUGAGUUAAAAUUACCUAUGUUUAUCUCGAAGAACGCAAAGCUUAAAACUUAUCCUAAGAGAGUAAUGAAAGUAAUUAUAAUGCCACAAUUACGUAUCAAAUUUGAAGGCGCUUCAAUUUAACGUUACGGAAAUAAGACCAAUUUUUAUUCUUUAUCUAACAGUAGGUAUGUAGUUCUAGAGAUUAACGCGUUAAUAUAUAUCGAUAUGCAACCCAUUGCCGGCCCACUGUAACGCACGUGUCUCCUGUCAGAAUGAGAAGGGAUUAGGCCGUUGUCACCAAACUGUCCAAGUGCGGACUGGUAGACUUAUAGAUUGGCGUCAGUGGCGUGCACUUCAUAUAUGCACAAAAGCUCUGCCUACCCUAAAAUGUUUGUAUCACUCAUAAAUGCGAAGGAUUUUUAAAAUUUUAUGGCAUCUUCCUUCUUUAUGUAUACCCUGGUCAAAAACUCUGUGCACGCCACUGAUUGGCAUAGAUAUAUGAAUGACAUUAGAUCAAAGCGCAUGUCACUACAAUUAUUGACGUAUAUAUAGUUAAAACUUUGAUGUCAAAGUCAGUCUUAAUUAUUAUUUCAUUUUUCAAUUUAAAAUGCAUAUAAAAAUUUCGAACCCGCCGGUAAGCUACGGUUCUCAAAACCCGGUGUUAUGAGAACCGUAGCUUAGUUGGCAAAGGACUUAGACUGCAAUUGGAAAAAUGAGGAUUCCGAAAUUUUUAUUUUGAAUUAAACUAUAUAAAUAUUAUGAUAUCUCCUCCAAGUGUAAGUAGAAACGCUUAUGUAAAAAUAUUAUUUCAUUGUAUAUAGGAUUAUUGGCGAGGUUAGUUUUCCGCCUGCAAACGGCCCAAUUUAUUUUUAUUUAUAGUGCAAAUGUACAUUUUAUUAGUUAAGUUUAUUUUAAGAUCAUUCCUGUACCUAAGAUGUAAUUAGUAGAUUAUACUGUGAUGUCGGUCUCAAUGGUCUGUAGGUUUAAAAUAGAAUCAAUUAUUAUAAAUAGAAUAUUGUUAUUGUUAAGGAUCUCAUGUAUUACUUAGAAGAGGUUUGUGGGAUUCUGGAAUUUUCUGGAUGGUUGGUUGGUUUUAGUUUUCUGGACGAGUUCCGCCAGUAGGUUACGAGAAUUAAAUUAUUGUAUGUAUGUAUAAUAUGUUUUCAAUGUAUUAUUUUUACAAAAUAUGUUAAAUCAUUUAUUAAAAUUCGGAAAAGCAUAGCUGAAAAAGAUAGUAUAUUAUAUGUAUUAAAUAUAAUUCCUUUUUAAGUGGAAAAAAAUCAUAAUUAAUAUAAAUGAAAACCCGCUCUCUGUUACAGCUAGUGACCAGUUGUAAAUGAUUGAAACAUUCCAGAGCCAUUGUUAACAAUGUUUUAACUUUAGGACCAAUUUUUGAAUGUUCUUUUGAAAAUAAUAUUACAUAUUGAAA